AUGGUGUUAUGGUCAACUUGCCGCACAACUGUGUUCAAAUCUGUCACCAACAGGUUCAUUAAAAACCUGGCUUGCUCAGGGAUCUGCGCCAGCCUUGUCUGCGUGCCGUUUGACAUCAUCCUCAGCACCAGCCCUCACUGUUGCUGGUGGAUCUAUACCAUGCUCUUCUGCAAGGUCGUCAAGUUUUUCCACAAAGUCUUCUGCUCUGUGACUAUCCUCAGCUUCCCUGCCAUUGCUUUGGACAGGUACUACUCCGUCCUCUACCCACUGGAAAGAAAAAUAUCUGAUGCCAGGUCUCGGGAACUGGUGAUGUAUAUUUGGGUCCACGCAGUGGUGGCCAGCAUCCCCGUGUUUGCAGUCACCAACGUGGCCGACGUCUAUGCCAUGUCCACCUGCACGGAAGUCUGGAGUAACUCCUUGGGCCACCUGGUUUAUGUUCUGGUCUACAAUGUCACCACGGUCAUUGUGCCUGUGCUGGUGGUGUUCCUCUUCCUGAUUCUGAUCCGUCGGGCCCUGAGUGCCAGCCAGAAGAAGAAGGUCAUCAUAGCCGCGCUGCGCACCCCACAGAACACCAUCUCCAUCCCCUAUGCCUCCCAGAGGGAGGCCGAGCUGCACGCCACCCUGCUGUCCAUGGUUACAGUCUUCAUCCUGUGCAGUGUGCCCUAUGCCACCCUGGUGGUAUACCAGACCGUGCUCAACGUCCCUGACGCCUCUGUCUUCUUACUGCUCACUGCCCUUUGGCUGCCCAAAGUCUCUCUGUUGGCAAACCCCGUGCUCUUCCUAACUGUGAACAGAUCUGUCCGCAAGUGCUUGCUGGGGUCGCUGGUGCAGCUGCAUCACCGGUACAGCCGCCGAAAUGUGGUGAGCACCGGGAGUGGGGUGGCUGAGGCCAGCCUGGAACCCAGCCUGCGCUCGGGCAGUCAGCUCCUGGAGAUGUUCCACAUUGGACAGCAGCAGAUCUUCAAGCCCACCGACGACGAUGAGGAGAGUGAGGCCAAGUGCCUUGGCUCAGGGGACUUACAGGCCAAGGAGGGCCUUACCUCCUGCCUGGAAGGAGAGCAGGGGCCCCAGUUUGCACCACCACCGGGCACAGUGGACUCCUUAGCCCAGGUGGCCCCAGCAGUCCCCAUGGAGCCUGAGACUUUCCCAGACAAAUAUUCUCUGCAAUUUGGCUUUGGGCCUUUUGAGUUGCCCCCUCAGUGGCUCUCAGAAACCCGAAACAGCAAGAAGAGGCUGCUUCCUCCCCUGGGCAACACCCCAGAAGAGCUGAUCCAGAUCAAGAUGCCCAAGGCGGGUAGAGUGGAACGGAAAUGAGCAGGAAUAACAAAGUGAGCAUUUUCCCAAAGGUGGAUUCCUAGCAAGCACCACACAUUCCUGGAAGCAGCAGGGGGGUGUCCGUCCCCCUGUGUCAUGUCCCCACCCCCCCGCUUGGCCAUGGGUUGUGUGAUCUCCUUGCAGUCCUCUGUAGGUUCCUCCUGUGUG